AUGGCCUCUAUUAUGGAUGAAGACGAAAAACAACAACAAAAUUUAACUGACACUGUUUUAGCACGUAAAAAUGCUGAAUUAAAAGUUGAACGAUUUUUAGAGCUUACUCAUUCUCAUCUGAAUCGUUUACCACUAUUAAAACGCCAAUUGAAUGAUAUAAAUCGUUUACAAAAAUUUGAUUUGUACGUAUCAAAAUUAAACGAUAUUGACAAAAUUAUUUAUGAAUUAGUACAAUGUAUACGUAACAUUGAAUUGUUUCAACAACAUUUGAGUGUACAUGAUCGAGAGAAACUAGAUCGUCAAAUCCAUUUGUUACGUUCACAAAUUGAUCGUGAAGUCAAUGACUUUCAUACGUUGAGAGAAGAAGCAUCAAACAAUAUUAAUGAAGUUACCGAACAGCAAGAACAACAAGAACAACAGCAAGAGCAGUUAGUAAUAACAUCAUCGGAAGGCGAACAAACACUUCGUCAUCGUCAUCCGUUACAGUCAGAUGAACAACAACGUCUAACAGAGUCUUAUGACAUGUUAGAACAGGAUCUUCAAACUUUAAAAGAAACAUUUAACGAAGUAGCUCUUCUUGUACAAAAACAAAAAUAUUCAGUUGACAAUACACAAAAUAUUUUGAAUACGGCAACAGCAAGAAUUAAAAGUGCAUCGUCAUUGUUACAUAAAGCUGUUCAAAAUCGUUAUGUAACAAUUGCGUCGGGAGCUUGUCUCGGUUCACUUGUUGGAGGACCGGUGGGUUUUAUGGCAGGAAUAAAAAUCGGUGCAUUAGCCGCGAUGACUGGAUCAGCGUUGGGUGCUCUAUCCGUUAAUUUGAUCCGAAAACGUUAUGUUAGUGAACAGAACAAUUCUAUGAAUGAAUCGCAAGCUUAUGACCAAGCUAUGCUAUAA